AUGGAGUACCCACCUUCUCCGCUGUCGUUGCGCCGCGGCGGCCCUUGUUCCCAGUCGCGGAUCGACGAUGGCGCCUGGGGCUCGCCGCGCCACCAGGUGGUUCUCCGCCUCGCGCUACCGGGAGGUCGGAAGAGGGGCGCCCGGGCGGAGUCCAACCCAGUCGCAGCGAGUGCGAGGGUCUCUCCAACGUGCUCGCCGGCUCUCUGCUUCCCCGACAGCCUCCUGCUCCUCCGCUUCCACAACCUUCUUGGUCAAGGGCAUGGUGGCACUGUAGUGAACUUGCAGCCGAGGAUGGUGACUGUAGAUGUGCAGGAUUACAAGUACGCAAGUAUGUGCUACAGUCCCUACCCAGCUUAUGCCCAUUGA